AGUGGGCCGGUCGGUUGUCCGCCCCCGCCUCGGCGAUAUAAAGGCUGCAGGACGGCCGAGGCGAGCAGCCGCCGACCGGUCGCGCGCGCGGUCACAGGGAACGCCGGUGGGAUAGGCACGGUCACCGGACUGCUGACCCGACCAGCCCGCUCCGGACUGGUGAGUGACCUGUCACCUGUCACCUGACACAGUCAUCAGGACAGGUGGGCUCCUGAACCAACCGCCGCGCUCACCCGUAACUUGGCAGCCGAAUGGGCAGGGCCGUGCCGCCGCCCUUCUGGCUGCUGCUCUGUGCCUCUCUUCUGCCGGACACGCUCCUCAAUGGCUCGCCGUUUGUCACAGGGGAGCCGCGCGCUGUGUCGCCCGUCAGCUGGCGGCAGCUGCUCGUCGAUCUGGGCUCGCUGCCGGUGGACGGCCGGCCGCCCUUCUACAACCGCGACUCGCGCAUGUACAGCCGCCACCUGCGCCUGAUGGGCUCAGAGUUCCUGGGCAAGAGGUCGGGGCCCGGCCGGCACACCCACCACGGCUCGCGCGGACGCCGAAAACGCUCGCUCGGGUCGGAGUUCCUGGGAAAACGGUCGGCAGACGCGCAGUUCCUGCUGCAGCGGGCGCCCACCGCGGAACUCCUUGAUAAGAGGAUGGCGGGCUCGGAGUUUCUGGGGAAGCGCGUGCCGGGCUCGGAGUUUCUGGGGAAGAGAGUGCCCGAAUAUGUCGACGAUCCGGUUCCUAACGCGGAGGGGAUAGAUAAGGAGAUGGCAGACUGGAACGAAUCCGAGAAGAGAGCGCCGGGCACCGAGUUUCUCGGAAAGAGGAUGCCGGGCUCGGAGUUUCUCGGCAAACGCUUCGCCGGCUCCGAGUUUCUUGGCAAGAGGAAGCUGGGCUCGGAGUUUUUGGGAAAGAGGAGGCUAGAUGAAGAUUCUAGCCAAUUCAGGAUGUCGCGCUAUCCAGAGACUGAAGAGGGACAGUCGAAUGAUUCGGAAUAUCCAGCACGGCAAACGUCUGAGGAUCACGAAAGGAGCAAGUGGGCCAGAUUCUACCACCACAAAAGUAUUUUGGGAAAACGACAAGGAAGCCGAAAUUGGUGGGGCCACCUACAACAAUAUGAAAGGUAUUCAUAGGGGCUUGGAAGUCAAACAUGAAACAUUUAAAAACUUCCGAGAGAUGGCAACGAACUCCUUGGAGGUACCUAAAAAGGCAUGAACGAACCACAUCGAGGUAUAUUUGAGCAAGACCAGAGACGGACGGUUACAAGAGGAAAAAAAAACUUCGAUGAAAACGCAUGCAUCGAACCGUACUGGCUGCGCUCGUAUGAAGGGGCGCCCGAUUAACGCUAUGGAUGCGUCCCAAACUGAGCCCAAAUGAUCGGAAAGGUCACUGACCAACCACUGCAGGUAUCAUCACGGCACAACGUUUCAGGAAACACUGAGACGGUGACGCCAAAGGAGUGAGCCCAGUUUGGUGGGAAGGCCCCGAGCUGGAGGGAUCGCGGCCUCCCCACCUGAACUGAGGAGAAACCUCCGAAACACACAGCGGACUUGUGCGUGCUGUCAAGGGCAAUGGAAUGCGCCUGUCUGGAGAUGAAUUUAUUGAUUAAUGGUUGAAGGAAAUAAAUCUGCUCGCAAUAAACUGAAUGUUAAUACCCCGGCACGGCAAUAGCUUACGUGCGUUAGUUGGCUGUCAAAGUUUCAUUACUGUUGCUGGUUUAUAUCGGUGUUUUCAAAUGCCUUCCAUAACACCAUGGCUAUCAGAGAUGACUGGUGCUGUUACAGCAACUCACGGCACGUUAGUCUUUGUAUUGAUGUUACUGGUAUUUGGCUUAGGAAACCCGAUGAGCCUGGUGCAUAUGGUGAUGAAUCACUGUGACCGACAAGAUAAAUAUAGAGGCUGACUGUACAAUGGUGUUACGGGCAAAAACAAUAUACAUGAUAUCUACAGUCUCAGGCUAGUCCGCUGAAUGAGCCGUCUUUGAUCAGUUGUCCCCGAUGGGACAGACAUGUUGAUCGUUAAUUUGUAUAUGCCCUGUUCUUCUCGUGCUAAAUAAAUGUGUCCGA